AUGACAGAAUCCAUCUCCAUCCACCCCGCCACUCUCUCCGACAUCCCCACCCUCGCAGCAAUUCGCACGGAAGCCGCCGAGACCUCUUUACUGACCCAUUUCCAGUUCAGCCCCUACCACAGCAUCGCUACAGAGAAAGAGUCAAAUGCCCUCAUCAGUCGACUCUCCGGACGUUUUACUGAACCCGACGGGCAAAAGUUUCGCUUGAUCAAAGCCGUGGAUUCAAGGAACAAAGAGACGGUAGGAUGGGGGCUGGUGAAGUGGGAGGACGGGAGCUGGGUUAAUGCUGUGACACCGUCAAGUGCGCAGGCGGUCGCUCCAAAUGAAGAAGUAGGACCUACCUAUCCAGGGACAUUUGGACGGUACUGGUCGAGGAACGUGAUCGCUAAAUGGCGUUGUAUCACGGCUGGUAAGCCCCAUGUCACAAUUGGGGCUAUGAACGUCAAGAUUGCGUGGCAGGGAAAAGGGGUCGGGAGGAUGAUGAUAGAAUACAUGUAUCGUGAGUACGAACUAGAGAAGGAAUUGGUAAUCGUACAGACCACUGCUUCGGCCGAGAGGUUUUACGAGAAGAUGGGCUGGAAGACUGUGGAUAGUACCGUUAUCGAUCUGAGUGACUGGGCAGGAAAAGGGUUGGGAUAUGGGCUGCUGAGAUGCGCGGGCGUCUGCGGUCCGGCACUCGCCCUCAUGCUCCAACGUUCUAACCCCAAUCACGUGAUCAUGGUCAUAGAACGGUUUCCCACGCUCCGGACAGGCGGACAGCAGAUUGAUAUCAAAGCACAAGGCAUCCCUAUCUUGGAGAAACUAGGUCUCCUUGACACAAUUCGCUCCUACUGUGUCAAGGAAGGCGGCAUGGAGUUUGUUGACCGAAAUGGUAAAAGCCUUAUGCAAUUCGGUAUCACGAAAGCGGGAGACACCGCUAGAGGGUUGACUCUAACCCAUGAGUUUGAGUUCAUGAGGGGGGAUUUCGUCAAAAUGAUGCAUGAUGUCAGCGUCCAGGAACGCGAGAUACUAACCACCAGAGGACAUGUCAAAGGUGGACUGACCUACGAGUUCGGCAAAAGCAUCACCGCGCUCUGCCAUUCUGAAUCCUCAUCUUCCCCCAAGACAGCAACAGUGACAUUCUCCACCGGCGAGACCCGCAUCUUCGAUCUGGUAGUCGCAGCAGAUGGUCAAGCUUCACGGACCCGUUCUCUUGCCUUUGGCUCCGAGAUUUCCAGCUCGGCUUUCCACUCCAUGAAUAUCCAUGCCGCAUACUACAAUAUCCCUCGUCUUCCCACAGAAGAUAACCUAGCGCGCAUCUACUUCGCUUCCAACAACCGCAUGGUAAUGACACGUACGGGCAACCAACCGGCGACGCAAGUCUACCUAUUCCUCAUGAACGGCAAAGACAAAGACAGAGCAAGCCACAUGGCGACUUACCAGAAGAGAUCCGCGGAGGAACAGAAAGAUGCUUGGAAGAGCUUGUACCAAGAUGCAGGAUGGGAGUGCCCACGCUUUCUCCAAGGCCUAGACACUGUACAAGAUUUCUACACCACAGAAAUCGGCCAAGUGAAGAUGCCUCAGCAUAAACUUUACAAGGACCGCGUUGUCCUCCUUGGCGACGCGGGAUACUGUCCCUCACCCUUUACAGGAAUGGGCACUACACUCUCCCUCAUCGGCGCAUACGUCCUUGCAGGCGAGUUGUUUCGACAUGGUGAUGACGUCGAUGCUGCGCUGGAAGCCUAUCAAGAGGCCAUGAAGCAGCCUGUUGAGGAAUGUCAGAAGCUUGGGCCCUACGCAGAUGGAAAGGGUCCCCUUCCGAGUUCAGAGUGGGGGCUUUGGAUGGCGGGUUGGGCGCUUUGGAUGCGAGCCACCGAGGGAAGGAUUCGUAAUCACGAGAAUCGUUCCGAUGGUAGCUUCCGUCGAAUGUCCAUUGAAAAGUUCCGGGCGGUGAAAGAUCCGCAGUCGUGGUUCGCGCCAUGCGAACUCGUCUCGUUUUCGCAUUGCGGACCACCGAGACCACCUGGACCGUGCGCCAGCAAGCUUUCCCGGACUUUGGAUGGUUGCGAAGCACUCCUCUGGCCUUCAACCAUGGCCGAAUACUGGAAAUCGACACCAAAAUACUGGUGCAAGUUUUGCUCCGUGUUUGUCAAGGACACCAAAUUCGAGCGCGCGCAGCACGAAGCGACCGGCCGCCACCAAGGCAAUAUCCAGCGUAGUCUGAAGGGACUACAUCGCGAACAGGAAAACGAGAAGCGCAAUCAGGCGCGCGCACAAGCAGAGGUCGCUCGGCUGAAUGGCAUUGUACCAUCGGCAUCCUCCACUCCUUCCGUCGCGACUGGCGUAGGCGGCAAGCCCACAUUCAAGAAGGAACCCGAGAAGAAAGCCACAGUAGACGACAGGAAACGACAAUGGGAGCAAUUGGCAGCUAUGGGUGUGGCGCUUCCCGCGGCUGCAAGAGGCGAUUUGGCGAUAGCGGGCGAAUGGAAGACAGUAAAGGAAGAAGUCAUGGGAGAAGUCACCGAGGACGGAGAGUUCAAGGCAACAUCGUUGAAUAAGGGUGUACGGAAGCGGCAACUGGAUGAGGAUGAGGAGGAGCAAAAGGCUGCCGGAGAGCUCAUCACCAAACGGAAAGGCUGGGGACACACGUACAAGAGUUUCCCGGGCAGCAAGGGUGGCGAUGACGAUGACAUUGAGAGCUUGCUUGGGAAGAAAAAAUCGCAGCCAGAGGUCAAGAGAGAAGAACAUGGGGAUGGAGUGAAAGCUGAAGUUGAAGAAGAGAACGAGGCCAAGACCCUGCAGGACAUACCCACGGCUGAAGAAGCGGAAUCAAAAGCUGCCGAGGCCAUUGUGAAAAAGGAGGAGGAUGCGCCAGCUACACCAGCGGUGGUGUUUAAAAAGAGGAAGAAGGCGAAAUGA